CAAGCCGAUAAAAGUCACUUUCAUAGGAAAAAUGACGUCCGCAACGGACACAAGUGAAACCGCUUGAAUAACAGCUAAGUUACUAUAAGCACUUUUGAAAAACACUCAGUUCCCUACAAAUUGCGACAAACGGCGCUUUGAUAUCAUGAAAUGCAACUGAGUAUUAGAAACUUAAAAAAAAGUAAUUUAAUUUACGUGUAUUUUAAAUGAAAAAUCUUUGAAAUCAAAUGAAAAGUACUUAGGAUUGAAAUUAAGAGCUCAAACUUAGCAGGAAUUUUUGUUUUAGCAUAAAGAAUAAUAUUUUGCUUGAUGAGCAACGAAAAACAAACUUUCGCUGGAAACGAAGCACCCUAAUAGAUGCGUUCCCAUAUAAUAGUAAAAUCGCAAUAGAAACACGUGAACGUAUUAGUGACAUUCGAUAUUUUAAAAAAAUCAGUUCAAGGCUUAGCAGUGCUAAAUUAUUAUAGCAAACAUUGAAUUCUAAUGAUUCCUACAGGAAUCUUUUAGCUAACGUAAUUGUAACGACUGAAAUGCAGACUAAUGAAGAUUUAAUGAUAAGUCCAGAACGUUUAAGCGAGUUGGCAAUACUGAUAUCAAAAACAUUUACAUCAGAAAUUCUUGCAACUUACUACAUUCCGUAUUCUCGAGAAGGAAAUAAAAAAGCUUUGGCUCGAGAAAAACUUCAUUUGCGGUACAAUCAUUAUCGAGACAUAUUGUUACAAUCUGGAGCUACGAAAAAUUGUAGAGGAUUGAAACAUAAAGUAAUUGAUAAUUCGACUCUAGUACGCUUAGGACGAUUUGAAGAUCUUUUUACAAUCGAUUAUGCACCUCAAAAUUGUGUUGAAAAAUUAAAAUUUUUGGCAGAGUAUGUAAAUCCGUGGAAUACUGUAGAAGAAUAUUGGAAAUACACUUCAAUUAAAAGAAUCCAAGAUCUUAUUAAUAAUAAUCAAGUUACAAGUAUUGAGUACUUAUCCACAUAUCCUGCAUUGAGAGAUAUUUACACUGGUUUAAAAUUACUUGAUAUCGAUUUUAAACAACAAUACCCGAAUAAAAGUACACGCUUAACUAGUCAAUAUAAUAUCCUAGAAAAAAAGUUACUUGCUUAUUGUGAGAAAAAGAAGAAAUUCAGCUCUGGAAUAAGACUUUACAUAAAUUCAUUGAAAGAAGCUAACGAUAAAGAUGAAGAUGUCCGCAAUGCAAUAACAUUUCAAAUGCUGCCAUUUUUGUUACCAAAUCCUUUACUCUUAACUUUGCGAGAUAAAACAAACUGGCGACCCAGUAAGGAAGAUGUAUUAAACGGAUUUUUUUGCAUGUAAAGAUAAAUUUUUCAAAACUAUAUUAAAAAAAUUAUAUUUGAUGAUGAAGAGGAUUUAAAUAGGAAGCUCAAAAAUAGAAAAGAAAAAAUAGAAAAAUUCGGAUUAUCGGAGCAACCAUUAUCAGUAAUUAUUGAAGAUGCACUAACGAGUAUUACCAAAAGACUAGUAAUAAUAAACGAUAUCAAAUAUCAAGUUUCAAGCUGAAUCUACUAUUGAAUGUAUUGAUUUAACUUUUAAAUGCUUCUAUAGCCUGCAAUUCGAAUUUUUGAGAAAAGCUCCUUAUCCUGGAAUCUUUUUAAAAGAUGUAGUUUACAAGAUUCACGGUGAAAGUGAUUUAGUUGUACCUGCACUUCAAACGUUGAUUAAGAACUUUAAUUCUAUUCAAAUUGAUAAUAAUUAAUCAUUGAAAAAAUGUCGCAAAAUACAUAUUCCAUUAGUAAAUCUAAUAUUUCACAACUAAAUAACAAUCUAACUGUUAAUUCAGACAAUUUUGAAGAUAAGUUGAUGAAUUCAAUGUUACAGUUUUACGGUUCUGGUAAUACUUCAUUUAAUCAAAUUGAAGACAUUUUUAAAAUGAUUCAAAACUUAAUUAAUGAAGAGCAUAAUACAAUCGAAUAUAAGUUAAAAAGUUUUAUAAGUAAAAAUGGAAGGAAUAAUGAGAAUGAUACGAAAAUUAUUGAAGAAAUUAGUAAUAUUUUCAAAUCUACAAAUAAUACUCUUAACAAAUUUAACACCGAAUAUAAUCGUUCUCAUUUUUUAGAAUAAAGUGACUUUUAUAUACCACCGAUUGAGUUUUCUAUCGGUAAGAAAUGUAACACUCUUAAAAGAGAUUAUAAGGGUAAUCAAAUUAGUCAACCAAAGGACGCAACUGCGAUUUUAUUCCCAUUAAGAGCCAUAUUUAAAAAAGUAUUUGAAUUACCUGAUAUCUACAAUGAGGUUAUAAAAUAUAAACGAGAGCUGGAAAGUCACAAAACUGUUGUUUUAAAUAUUAUUCAAACUCCUAUUUGGAAAAAAAAAAGUUGAAAGUUGUCCUUCAAAAGAUAGUAUAUUUCUACUUUUUUUGU